AGUUCGUGUUAUACCAUCAACGUUGAUGUGACCGGUUUGACCUGCUGCGUCAGAUAAUUUUUUAUCACUGCAGCAACUACCAUUUCGUAUCGGAAUAACACGAUUUUUGCAGUGCAUUUUGUGACAAACCAGUUUCACUGACAGUCGCGAAUAGGAGAUACGCAUCUUGAUAUUAUUUUCGGCUCGGUAGUUAUUAGUGGCAUGUCAACCGCGAGCUACGUCGUACUUGCAGACAGGCAAUUAUGGAUCGUUGGCUUGGUAAAACCGCAGUCGUUACCGGCGCUGCAUCCGGCAUCGGCGAAGCAAUUACAUGUGCUCUUCUGCAAAACGGAGUGAACGUGGCCGCUCUGGAUGUCCAGAAAGAAAGAUUAGCGAAACUCGAUGCGGAAUGCAGGCGGGAAGGUUUCCCGGGCACGUUACAUACCAUAUGCUGCGAUAUAACUCGCGAGGACGAGAUCGAUGCGGCAUUCUCGCAUAUUGAGACAUUAGGUGGUGUGGAUGUUAUGGUCAACAAUGCUGGCGUUAGCGAAUUUUCACGAGUAAUAGAGAGCGACAGGAAGACAUUCGAAAGACUGUUAAAUAUUAAUGUCCUCGCAGUCGCAGUGUGUAUCAACAAAGCGGUGCGUUCGAUGCGCAAACGAAACAUCGAAGGACAUGUUUUUAAUAUCAACAGUGUUAUAGGCCAUUAUUUACUGACGAAUGUUUCGACGGUGGGUUUGUUGGCUGAUUUCAAUCUGUAUCCCGCUACUAAGCAUGGGUCUGUUGCUCUGACUCAUGUAGUACGACGAGAAUUAGCAUCAAUUAAGGCUCCUAUUCGAAUUACCAGCAUUAGUCCUGGUACUGUAAAAACGAACAUAUGUAUGGAUUCGAAGGAAAUGAAAGACUUUUUCGAGAAAGUACCAACUCUUCAACCGAAAGACAUAGCGGAUGCACUCAUUUAUGCUCUUGGAACGCGACCAGAAGUUCAGAUUACGGAGCUUACCAUCCAGCAUACCGGGGAGUUGCCAUGAAGAAUAUCUCCACUAAGAUGCCCGUCUUUUAAUGCAUCAACAACUUUACAAGAAACAACUUUACGCUAAUAAUAAAGUAGGAAACUUGAGGUUCGUGAAGACUAAGCUUUCAUGUUGCUUUGCAUUUUUUAUAUGAAAAAAUGCUCUUUUUUUAUCGUAAUACUGUCUACAUUUCACUUAAUAGUUUCGCUAAUGUUAUCUUUUCUGUAAUGUACGUUUACUUAUAUCUAGAAAAUGAAAAUAAAUAAUCCAAUAAAAUCUGA